AUGAAUCAUCAAUAUAUACCAUCUCCAAUUUAUAGCGACCAAAACUCUGGUGUACACAAUGUAAAUAAAAGUCUUCACAAUUUAAAUAUAAAUAACGGGAAUAACAAUUAUAAUUAUAGCAAUAAUAAUUAUAAUAAUAAUAUAAAUAAUAAUAAUAAUAUAAAUAAUAAUAUAAAUAAUAAUAAUAAUAAUAAUAAUAAUAAUAAUAAUAAUAAUAUAAAUCAAUAUCAUCAAAAUCACUAUGAUCAAUAUAGUGAUAACAAUUGUAACAAUAGUAAUAGUAAUAAUAUAAAUAAUAAUAAUAAUAUAAAUAAUAAUAUAAAUAAUAAUAAUAUAAAUAAUAAUAAUAAUAAUAUAAAUAGUAAUAAUAAUAAUAAUAAUAAUAAUAAUAAUAAUAAUAAUAAUAAUUUGUUAAAGAUACCUCAAUUAAAUAUUUCACCAAAUGGCGUUGGUGGUGGUAAUGGAAUAUCAAAUGGUAAUGGUGUAAAUAAAAUAUUUUCAAAGUUGGAUUUAUCAAAAGUACCAAACUCUUAUCAGUUGGCACAUAAUAGUUCAAUGCCAAAUUCACCAACCUCUUCCAAUAUAUCACCAUCAACACCAACUUCAAUGGCUUUAAAUUUGUCAUCAUUAAAAUCGAUUUUAGAUUCUCCACCAGCAGCUCCUGCUCAUUCAGCUUCUUCAUCUCAUAAUAAUGAUCAUCGUACUUUAAAUAUAAAUGGAAAUCAUCAUAAUAAUAAUAAUAAUAUAAAUAAUAAUAUAAAUAAUAAUGUAAAUAAUAAUAUAAACAAUGGUAAUGGUAAUGGUAAUGGUAAUGGUAAUAAUAAUAAUAAUAAUAAUAUAGGUGUUAAUGGUAGUGGUAGUAGUAAUAGCUCAUCACCAUCGAUUGGGUUUAGUAUACCUUUAUUACAAUUGAAACAGAUUGGUAUUAAUAAUCAAACUUCACCAUCACAACAAUCACAACAACAACAACAACAACAACAACAACAACAACAAUCUCAACAUAAUGGUAUACCGUUAAUUAAUACAACUGAAAUUCAUCAAAGAUCAAAUCCAUCAAGUGCAACCAAUUCACCACGUGCUUUAUAUUAUGGUAAUGAAUCAUCUGUUGAGAAUUCACCAUUUACAACACCACUUUCAUCACCACGUGGUCCAAUUUCACCAAGAGCAACAAUUAAUUCAUCAAUGUCAAAUUUACAAUCAAAUAUUAGAGUUGAAGAACAAUGGAAAAAGAUUGAAUACUAUGUCAAUGAUUUAAGUCAUUUCAUCUAUGAAUCAAUUCGUAAUAAAGAUUAUUCAAAUUUAUCAGAACUAAAAGAAAAAAUUGAUGAAGUUGUUAAUACUUCAAAAGAAAUUGAAAUUAUUCAUAGUAUUGCUAAAUCAUUACCACCACAAACAAGAGCAAGAAAGAAGAGAUCAACCAAAGCAGAAAAAUUACAAAAAGAUCUUAUUGGUAUUAAAAGAUCAUAUGUAACUACUCCAAAGAGUAAAGGAACUUAUUGUAUAUUCUGUGGUACUAUGGAAACUCCAGAAUGGAGAAAAGGUCCAGGUGGCCAUAAAACAUUAUGUAAUGCAUGUGGUUUACAUUAUGCUAAAAAUAUUAAAAAAGAGAAUCAAAAUAAUGGUGGUUCUCCAAAUCCUCAACAAAACAAUGUAACUACAACAACAACUACCACCACUUCAACAUCUACCAAUUCACCAAAUUCAAAUGGAAAUAACUUUUCUCCUGAAAGUGCAAUGAGUGUUUCAAAAUUAAUUAGCGAUUAA